UGUAAACAGAAGCGCCCCCCGCAGGCCGUCGGCGUCACUGCACCUGCUGCUCCUAUUAGCCGGCCGCGAGGCUUCGCGGCGCCUCAUUCACGAGAAGAUGGCGGACUGCGCACCACUAUUAGAUGAGGAACUCUCGUCCUUCGUCUUCAGUUACCUGACAGAGAACCCCGACAGCCAGUAUGGGGAGGAGGAGGUGUGCUCGGAUCGCCUGGACAGCGAUUUUCCCGACAUCGACCUCUUGCAGCUGGACACCAGCGACUUCGACAGCGUCAACUGUCUCGGCGAACUGCAGUGGUGCAGCGACCAGGCGGCCGACGCCUCGCCGGCCUCCAUCCGAUGCACACCCGAUGAGCUCUUUGAGAUCGAAGAGGAGAACGCGGCACUGCUGGCCGCUCUGACGGACAGCCUGGACGGCAUAGUGGACGCCGAGGUGGGCGGCCUGUCCGUCUUCCCCGCCCUGGAGGAAGACGAGCCAGAGCAGGACAAGGAAGACCGGGACCGCCUUCAUCAUCUUUCUGUCGGCGCAAACCACUUCAAACGCUCACAGGACACAGAGGACCCCUCUCUGCUGAAGACCCUGCUGCUGACUCCGCCCAAUGUGCCUGCGGGUAAAGAUAGCGUCCACGGGCAUCGCUAUAGCAACAGAGGAUUGCACCAGCGAACGGUCCGACCUCCGGUUAAGAUGGACCCCUCUCAGGUGCGGAAGCCCCGCGCUGUGCGUCCCGCAGGCCGCCUGUGCACUGAGCUCCACCGCCACCUCACCGCUGCCCUGCGGGACGCCAUAGAGCCCCCGACACCCGACACGGAGGACGAGGAGGAGGAGGAAGACGACGAGGACAGCGAGUCAGAGGAGGACGAUGAUGAGGAAGAAGAGUCUUCCGGUAGCGAGGCGGAGGCAAGGCAAGGCGAGGCCCGCGCCGAGCCGGCCAAGCCUCAGUUCACCUCGGAGAAAGAACUCCGCUCGGUAGUGGAGCUUAUCACCUACAUGCACACAUACUGCAUGCCCGUGCGCAAGCAACAGAGUCUGGACCGCAAGGACCCGCCCAGGCCUCGGGCUCGACCUGACGCCGCCCGCCCGCCCGUUACAAACUCUCACAGUCGGGUUGUCCUGGUGGCUCCCCCAGCGAGCGGCAGGCCUGGGGGUGCCACCCGGAGGCUUCCCUUCGCGAGGCGACGGGAGAUGAAGACCGACUCGCUUCUCCGUGAGCUCCUGCAACAAAGUAGCUCCUUCGACGUGAGCAAGCCUUACGGACUGCAUAGUCCGCCAUACGCCCAAGCGGGAACGGGACCCCUGCCUUCCAACCGCCCACCCGGCACCGCCACUCCUAAACUGGAUCUUUGUAAGGACCAUUCCUCACCCGAGAGGAGACACUCCUCCUGCGAGGCGCCGCAAAGCCCCGAUGAGGACUGCAGCUCCUUCUUGGUGCGCCGCUCCAGACGUCUGGCCUCCUUCCCCAGCCGCUUUGCCAAGAGGCUGCGGCCCGGGCGGGCCGGGGAGGGUGACAGGAAGGAGGAGAGGGACGACGGGCAAGAUGCGGGCAAGCUCUCGCCAACUCAAGCGGGGGGGCGGACCACGACGGAAGGGAAUGCAACGGAGGCGACCGAAACCUGCUGCCACAACGAGAAGCGAGCCUGCCUGUGUCUGCCUCUCGACGCCGGCAAAUCCACAAGAGAGUUCAGCAGCAAGACCUUCGAGCAGACACUCUGCGUGGAUCUGUGCGGAACUGCAGGUCUUACGCCGCCCACCACACCGCCUCACAAGCCAGUGGAGGAUGACCUCUUCAAGCCAAGCGAGGCCCGAAAGGGUGGCGAAAGCUAUGGUGACGGUGAGGAGUCCGUCCACUCGUCCGUCCACACGUCCGUCCACUCCUCUUCUGGCGGUGUUGGUGGCCUCCGAGGCUCCUGGCUAAGCCGCACGCACCAGCGUAAGCUUCCGGAGCAGACGGAGCUGUACGCCCAGCUGCGGCGCAUGGGUCAGGCCGGAGAUGCCGACGCCUGCCGCGGCUUCGGCGACCACGACUACUGCGCGCUGAGCCUCGGAGAGACCCGCAAGCGCAGCAUCGCCAUGCUAGGCGUAAUGCUGCAGAGGGCCGGAGAACUCAACGCUGGCGACGCCGUGUCAGAAAAUAGCGUCCUAUUCAACAUCGACCAGCCGCUGACAUCUUCGCCGCAGCCCGAUCGCCAAUCGGCAGCCGCCACGCCCCCUGUCUCGGAGGAAGAGGCGGAGCGCUCUGCGGCAUCCCGCUCGCCCUCGCCGACCAUUCACGUGUGUCCCGACUCCCCCACCAGCAAGGCCGACUCUAGUGAACAUUCAGAGAUGUGCCCAGACGACGAGCAGAGGAGCAAAGCCAAAUCCGAGGAGAACUGUCAGGUGUUCUACAUCCACAACCUCCCCAGCAGCAUGACCCAGAACACGUUGAGGAAGCGCUUUCAGGUCUUUGGCACGGCCGAGGACUGCAAAGUCAUCAUCUGUAACGAGGAGCGCUGCGGCGUCAUAAAGAUCCGCCAGUCCGGAAUCCAGCGGCACCGGCGGGAGCGUGAGAAUGUUUUCCAGACCACACCUGCAGGCGGGAGGAGACUGACGAGGAAGCGCUACAUUGACCUUGACGAGGCGGGUCCAGGCCCGGUCAAGAGCAAGUAUGACGCGCUGGACUUCGACACUCUGAUGAAGGAGGCCCAGAAGUCGCUGCACCACCGCUGACUGUCACGCUGCACCGGCCCCGCGCCACGCCGCGACUGUCCCGCCUUAUUAAACACCGCGCCCCGCAGCAGCAGAAAGAAGCGGGUGGCGGAGCGCUGGAGCCCAGCUGACUUUGGGCGGACGUCAGAACUGGUCGCCGGUCAGUCGCAGGGCACAUAAAGACACGGGAAACCAGCCGCACUCACAUUCACAGCGUCACCGAGUGGGAACUGAACCCACGCUGCCCGCACCAAAGUCAGGCGAGUGGACCACUAUACCCACAUUGUACAAUGUACAUACACAAAUUUACUGAUAAACUUACAGGAUUACACAAACGUACGUACAACUAACAUACAGUACACGUCAAAUUACCUAUAUCAACUUAUGUUAAUUUCCAUCCAAGUAUGAACAUAACAUGUACACGUUUGGUCAACUCACAUGCACAUGAGUAGAAUAAAUUCAAUGAGUGAACUGACAUACACCAGCUUGCAUUCAUACAAAUUGACACUAACACACAUACAUCAAGGCACACAUUAACUUCUGAUAGUACAAAAACUUUCCUUCACCACUUACAUCCAUAAACUUACAUCAAUUUACAUAAAUGAGCACUUGGAUAUAAAGCAUAGGUCAUACGUCUCUAUUAGAUUUGCAUUACAAUACGAUCAUAGAAGAUGCUGAGAUCUCGUCGACAUGUCAUCGCGUCAUCACAUGAUCACGGCAAAGCCUUCAAAUCGGCAGGAGGCUCUUCCCCUUCCGCACCGCGCCCCUCCCACCCAAUCCCGAACGCCACUGAGGACGUUUUAUUCAAAAGAACUUUUUCAAUAGCCAUAUUCUAAAAAGGGUACAUACAUAUAUAUGAAUAUAUCUCAAUAUAUAUUUGUGUGUUUGUGUAGAUAUAGCUAGAUGACGAUAUACUUUUUUAUAGAAAACGUUUGUGUUUUGAGAAGACACAUUUCAAGUAUAAUAAUAAGCACUGUCCACUCGGGCUACUUCCAAUCAAUCCAAAUAUGAAUAUUAAUAAUAAUAACAAUAAUCAAACCUUCCAAAGGGAAAAUAACCCCGCCACAAUGCAAUACUUCCUGCUCUUUGUUUGGGAAAAGUUGGGGGGAAACCGGCAACCCCCCCAAAAAAAAAAAAAAAACAACAAAAACAAGUUGGCGGCUUCUAUCUUUUCUUUCCACGUGCUAAAAUGUUGAUUUUCUACUAUUUUCUCAUUUUAGAAAAAUAAUAACAAUAAUAAUUUAACGCACAAAAUAAACUUUUAAGGAUGUCAGAUGAGCACUUGGUAGGCAAAUUAAUCUAAUUGAAACAAUACAUAUAGAUAUAAUAAUAAAUAUAAAAGAAAGAAAGAAAUGUGAGCAGGUGGAACAAAAUAAGAUAAAGGGCAUAUGUUUUAUUUUGACUUCUUGUAAUGACUAUCAAGCUCACCUUUUUUUUUUUUAACCUAAAAUAUGCUGAAUACUUCUAGUGAGAUUUUAUAUUUUUACAUAUGUUCUUUUUUUUAAUUAUUUAUGCUACACUUAGUUUGGCUGUUUUUUGUUUGUUUUUUUUUGUUUUCUUUGUGUGUGAUUUCAUGUCAGGUGAAGAAUGUGGAGAGACAGGCGGAGGGAAAAAAGGCAUUUCAGUAUUUUUGAAUUGUUCAAAUCUAGUUUCAUAGAUGUUAUUGUUAUAAAUUAUAUUUUGAUUGGUGUACAUAGUUUGAAAGAGGAAACACUGACAUUCUUUUCAACUGAAUACAUUUUUCUCUUCAGAGAUUGUUUACAUUAUGAAACUGUAGAGACGUGCUCCUCAUAUACUGUAUAAAGGACAUAUAUUCAUUGAUUUGCCUCCAGAAAUAAAAUCCCAAUGAACAGCA